AGCCAAGCUUCUGCGCAUGCGCAGCUUUUCUCUCCCCACAGUUUGGGAAGGGCAGCGAUGACUCCGGCCUUGACCAGCUGGGAAGUGAAUAGGAAUUUUGUGCAUUUCAACAUUCCGUCCGUAUUUCUUACUUCAAGAUGAUGCAUUUUCUGCUGCUCUUCAGUCGUCAGGGGAAGUUACGGCUGCAGAAAUGGUUCCUGCCCCUCCCGGAAAGAGAGAGGAAGAAGAUUGUGAAGGACAUGACCACUAUGGUUCUGGCACGGAAACCACGUACGUGCAACUUCCUGCACUGGAAGGACCUGAAAAUUGUCUAUAAGAGGUACGCCAGUCUAUAUUUCUGCUGUGGUUUGGAGAGCCAGGAUAAUGAGCUUCUGGCUUUAGAGAUUCUGCACCGUUAUGUGGAGCUGCUUGACAAAUACUUUGGCAAUGUAUGUGAGCUGGACAUCAUCUUUAACUUUGAGAAGGCUUAUUUUAUCCUGGAUGAGUUUCUGAUGGGCGGAGAGAUUCAGGAAACAUCCAAACUGUCUAUUGCAAAGUCUGUAGAGGCCUCAGAUAUGCUGCAAGAGACGAUGGAAGAAUACAUGAGCAAACCAGCCUUCUGACAGCAGCUGACAAGAUUCAAUAUGACAAAAGGGAACGAAACCUGCCUCCGCAGUGGAGGUUGUGUCCUUCACGCAGGACACAAUUUUUCAUUGCAAGAAGUUACAGACUUUAUUAAUGAGGGCUGCAGAUUUUUUUCUUAUUUAUUGUUUUUGUCCUUGUAUGAACUUUAUCAAUUCCACUCAAAUUUUAAUAUAACUGAAUCAGGUUCAUGUCGUGUUUUUGAAUAGAUUAUGUCUUGUCAAUUUAGAAAAAUAAAUGAGAUGGCUCCCAUAUGCAACCAUAGAUUUAACUGGUAAUUUUGAUUUUUAUACCAAAACCAUUUUAUAUAGUAAUCAUAUAUUUGCAAGAACCUUAAACCUUGGCUUAUUUGAAGUGCCUUCUCAUGUUUUAAAACAUGUCACAUGUCUCAGGAGACAUUUAGCUCAAGAAAGGAAAAAAAACACUUUUGAAUGAAUGCUAAUGCUGCUUUGAGCACACUUUGUUGAUAUUGUCAUAUUAAAGUUGUCUUUUUGAUAUGAUUUACUCUGUGAAGUGUUUGCAGUUUUCUCUAAUGAAUUUGUAUUUUUGUGCAAAGUAAUGGAUUUGUUUUUUAUUAAUAUCUCUUAUUAUGAGACUAUCCUUGCCACUGUUUCAGGUCCUGUAUCAUCAAGUGGACAUCCUUGGCUUUUUCUAGGUCAUCAAAUGUAAAUAUGAAUAUUUGCUUGAUAUUUUUCUCUUCUUUUUCAAGAUCCAGCCCUGCACAGACUAAAUGUCAUGCAUUAUGUUUCUUGUUUUAAGUCAUAAUAUGAUUGUUUUUAUGUAGAAUC